CCAAUAUUUUAAAGUCCCACAGUGCUUGGACGUCCCUACUUAAGGCGAUCUCUGCCAUUGCCAAAGUCUGAGAAGGACAAAGAUCGGAGAAGAGCUAGCUGAGAGGCAAAAAGCAGGGAAAUAAUAAGAAUGGGGAAAAUAGCUUUGGGAACCAGCCGUGAGGCAGCUCAGCCUGAUUGCAUUAGAGCCCUCGUGGUGGAGUUCAUCACCACCUUCCUCUUCGUCUUUGCCGGUGUUGGAUCGGCCAUCACUGCCGAUAAGUUGGUGGGUAAUGCACUUCUGGGGUUGUUUGCUGUGGCCGUGGCACAUGCACUAGUUGUAGCAGUCAUGAUAUCUGCCGGUCACAUUUCCGGUGGUCAUCUCAACCCCGCCGUCACUCUCGGUCUCCUCUUCGGCGGUCGAAUCACCGUCUUCCGAUCUAUACUUUACUGGAUCGCUCAAUUGCUUGCAUCUUCAACUGCUUGUUUUCUUCUAUCCUACCUUACUGGAGGACUAAAUACUCCGAUUCAUUCACUGGCAGCUGGGGUGGGAUCUUUGCAAGGAGUGAUAUGGGAGAUUGUGCUCACCUUUUCCUUGCUCUUCACGGUUUUCGCUACCAUGGUGGACCCCAAGAAAGGAACUCUUGAUGGGCUGGGCCCAACUCUAACUGGGUUCGUAGUUGGAGCCAAUAUCUUGGCUGGUGGACCAUUUUCUGGGGCUUCCAUGAACCCAGCUAGGUCUUUUGGACCUGCUUUGGUGAGCUGGGACUGGACUGAUCACUGGGUUUACUGGGUUGGGCCACUCAUUGGUGGUGGGCUUGCUGGGUAUAUAUAUGACACUUUCUUCAUUGCUACACCAACUCAUCUUCCUCUUCCCACGGAUGAAGAUGGCUUUUAAACGUGUGUCAUGGAGUUCAAAUUAAUCUUCAGUCCCACACUCAGAUCUUUGUAUUCUAUUCUAUGUGUUAUUUUCUAGGCUUUCUUUUAUUCUUAGCAUACGUAUGCAUGCAUAAUUAUAACACUAUUAAGAAGUUACCUUUUACUAGUGCGCUUCCCAUAAAUUUAAAUUUAAUGCACAAAUUAAUUCAUUUCA